AAAAGGCAGCCAGCAACCAAUACGGUGCGCCGGAGGAGGAUUUCUGCCAGUGAUUUCAGACGAGGUACAAUACGCAAAGGGGAUUUACUACGCCAAUCUGAGCCUGGGAAGCUUUCGGCAAAAGGUAACAGGUUUCGCUCCGGCAGUACCGACCUGUGACAUCGGUAUUUGGAGAGACACAUCUGCGUAAUUACGCCGGUCUCCUCUCUGCACGUCCGUCUGCCUGACCUGAAGAAGUGCCAUGUCUCUGCCACGCACACUUGGGGAGUUGCAGCUCUAUCGGGUGCUGCAGAGGGCAAACCUGCUGGCCUAUUAUGAAACCUUCAUCCAGCAGGGCGGUGACGACGUGCAGCAGCUCUGUGAGGCAGCAGAGGAGGAGUUUCUGGAGAUCAUGGCACUAGUUGGCAUGGCCACCAAGCCACUGCAUGUGCGUAGGCUGCAAAAGGCUCUCCGAGACUGGGCGGCGAACCCUGCCCUCUUUAGCCAGCCCGUCUCCAACGUCCCUCUGGGGGGCAUCCCACUGUUCAAAGUGGACGGGACAGGCACAAGUGGAUCAGCAGGCGGGCCCAGGAAGUCUGUGAGCAAUGGGCACCCAGGGUCACCCAGUGAAAGGGAGGAUCGGGCAUGUCUUACUCCAAUGCACAGUGGCAGUCCAAGAAGCCCCUGCUCCCAGGCCUCCCCACAGCCACCAGACACACACUACAGGGAAAAACUGUCACCCAUGGACCCACACUGGCUCAGCCCAGAGCCAGAUGGGAACUGCACUUUGGCUUCUGCAUCUGGAAUAGACGAGGAGCCGCCCAGCCCACCUAUGCUCUCAACGUGUCCUCCUGGUCCCUCCACAUCUCCGAGCCCCUCUGCUUCUUUUGCCCCAGCUGCCCUGUCAGCCUGGCCCGGAGGACAGCUGGACGGGGAAACGGCGAGGGCAGUGGUGGAGAGCGUGGAAAGGCUCCUCAGGACCCUGCCCAGGUCAGAUCCUGCAGAGGUGAAGACUUUGCUGAGGAUGAACAAGAAGAUGGCAAAAACUGUGGGGCACAUCUUCAAAAUGGGGUCCCAGGAUGUGAACAAGGAAGAGGAGAUCCGAAAGUACAGUCUCAUUUAUGGACGCUUUGACUCCAAGAGGAGGGAAGGCAAGCAGCUCACACAUCAUGAGUUGAUCAUCAAUGAAGCUGCAGCCCAGUUCUGUAUGCGUGACAAUGCCCUUUUGCUGAGACGGGUGGAGCUCUUUUCUUUGGCUCGGCAGGUGGCGAGAAAAUGUGCCUACACCUCCACACUAAAGCACGCAAGGACAAAUGCAGAUGAGAACAGUGUGGUGUCCCAAAAGAGAGCGAGACAUGAGAUAAUUCUGCCUGAGAGUGUGUCAUCGCUUCUCGGAGUGGAGAGCUCAGAGGGCUUGACCCAGAGGGCAGACGACGACAGCUUAUCUGCAGAAAGCCUCGACAGUGUAUCGCAUGACACGGGCUCACAGUGCAACCAGUCUCCUUCCCCCCGUCCCCACUCCGACACCUCCAACCCUGCCAACUGGAGUCGCCACCUCAUACAGCAAACGCUAAUGGACGAAGGGCUGCGAUUGGCUCGGAUGGUGUCACACGAUCAGGCUGGCAAGAUCAGCCUAGGGUCAGAAGGAACUCACUCUACAGACCAUGACAUUAAAGUGGAGAGGCGCAGCUCGAUAACAACGUGCAGGAGCAGUAGCCCUUGCAUCACCAAAGAUGACUCCAACCACCGGGGGAAAUGAAAGUGCUCUGAGGUUAUCAGGGAACUCGUUGUGCUCAGACCUACCACUGAACUCCAGUCAAAGUCUGCUGUACAGGCUGUUACUGAGCAGGUUUUUCCAUGUGUACUUCACUGACAUCACGAGCAUCUGAUUGUGAGAAGACCACAAAAUCAGUACAGUUGAUGUCAGAAUUUACCAGCGACUGAUAUCACAAAACUGCAGUGACUUCUAAAUGCUGAAGUUGUGGAUCAAGUUAAAAAAUGUUCUGUUUUGACUUUAUAUUCGGUAAAUAUGUAGGGGAGACACUUUUCAUUUUAUUUUUAAA